AUGCUGACCAGGAAGGGCAAGGGAUUCCUUCACUUUGGUUUGUGUCUCUGGUUGUGUAUGUUCAUAUCUUUCUUUAAAGGCUCUGCAGGCUGUGCAUCUGAAGAGAGGCUCUUUCACAAACUGUUUUCUCAUUAUAACCAGUUCAUCAGGCCUGUGGAAAACGUUUCCGAUCCCGUCACGGUGCAUUUUGAAGUGGCCAUCACACAGCUGGCCAAUGUGGAUGAAGUAAACCAGAUCAUGGAAACUAAUCUGUGGCUACGUCAUAUAUGGAACGAUUAUAAACUGCGCUGGGACCCAAUGGAAUAUGAUGGCAUUGAGACUCUUCGUGUUCCCGCGGAUAAGAUCUGGAAGCCUGACAUUGUUCUCUACAACAAUGCUGUAGGUGACUUCCAAGUUGAAGGCAAGACAAAAGCUCUUCUUAAAUAUGAUGGCAUGAUAACCUGGACUCCACCAGCUAUUUUUAAGAGUUCCUGUCCUAUGGAUAUCACUUUUUUCCCUUUUGAUCAUCAAAACUGUUCCCUGAAAUUUGGUUCCUGGACAUAUGACAAAGCUGAAAUUGAUCUUUUAAUCAUUGGAUCUAAAGUGGAUAUGAAUGAUUUUUGGGAAAACAGUGAAUGGGAAAUUGUUGAUGCUUCUGGCUACAAGCAUGACAUAAAAUACAACUGUUGUGAGGAGAUAUACACAGAUAUAACCUAUUCUUUUUACAUUAGAAGAUUGCCAAUGUUUUAUACCAUUAAUCUGAUCAUCCCCUGUCUCUUUAUUUCCUUUCUAACUGUGCUGGUCUUUUACCUCCCUUCUGACUGUGGUGAAAAAGUGACACUUUGUAUUUCAGUUUUGCUUUCUCUGACAGUGUUUUUGCUGGUAAUCACAGAAACCAUCCCAUCCACGUCUCUUGUGAUCCCACUGGUGGGUGAGUAUCUACUGUUCACCAUGAUCUUUGUCACCCUGUCCAUUGCGGUGACUGUAUUUGUAUUGAACAUACAUUAUCGCACCCCAACGACACACACCAUGCCCAAGUGGGUGAAGACGGUUUUCCUCCAGCUGUUACCCCAGAUCCUAAUGAUGAAGAGGCCUCUGGACAAGAUGAAGGAGACAAGUUCAGAUAAAAACUCCAGAGGCAUUUCUGGUAGGCCCACCGAAGUCAAUGUUGAUAAUCACAGAGAGACCAAACUUCCUAAAGAAUGCUGCCACUGUCAUAAAUCAAGUGAACUCACCACUAGCAGGAGAAGAUUAAGUCAUCAGCCUUUACAAUGGAUGACUGAAAAUUCAGAGCACUCGCCUGAUGUUGAAGAUGUAAUUAACAGUGUACAAUUCAUAGCAGAAAACAUGAAGAACCAAAAUGAAACAAAGGAGGUAGAAGACGACUGGAAAUACGUAGCCAUGGUGGUGGACAGAGUAUUUCUUUGGGUGUUUAUAAUUGUCUGUGUGUUUGGAACUGCAGGGCUAUUUCUACAGCCACUACUGGGGAACACAGGAAAGUCUUAAGGAUGUAUUUUCCUUUUAUCUUUUGAAACUUACGGAUGCCGCAUUUGAUCUAUGUUCCCUACCAUAAGGAAGGAGACAUAAAGCUUUUCACCCAAGUCCCACAUCUACUGAGGCUGAUGGCUAGAUGGAAAAAGAGGACUUAAUUGCAAAUUGGGAGGCUCAAUGCCCUCCUUUGUAGCACACAGAACAUUUAUGAUGUUUGAUCACCCUGGAACCCAGAGUUGGUGGCACCCACAGGCUUCUCUUCUCUGUACAUGUUUGACUUCCAGGGACAUGAACGACUCAUGAUACAGCGAGCCAUGUAAUCAACAUCAAGCCACGCUGAAAAGGGGUUCUCUUGUACCUCCAGUUAAUGCUGCUCAUCAGUGUACUGACACGUGGCAGACACAAAACUCUGGGGCUUGUACCUUGCUGGCAUCUACAAGGCUUGGGAACUGUUAUGUGCUUGCUUUCUUACACAUGCCUCUGUAUUUCAACACUUCACAACGUUAUUUGAUAUAUUAAUUGGCAAAGAGUAAUAGCAGAUAGUCAAAGUCUAUCUCAGCAGGCUGCAUCGAAUUAGCAUUCAUCUGGCAAGAAACUUGAGUGGUAACCCAGCCCUGUGCCAGGCAUUGCAAGUGCAACCGAAAUGGGUUCUGUCCCCAAGUUCUUGCAGCUUUUUAGGAAAAGUCAUAAACACAAAGAUCUUUAAGACUAGGUAUCAUGGGAAUGUAACUAAAGCAGCCCAAAAUAGGAGAGCAUGAUGCGGGGUGGCCAUGUAAGGCCGAAGCAGGCUUUGCUGCAGGUCAGAGAGGUGUCUGUUCUUGCCAGCAGUUUCCAUGUGUUCGUUGUAGCUGAGACUGCAAACAAAGUUAUUUCUUCUGUAAGAAAUUGUGAUCUUGUACCUUUUGGAGCAAUACCUUUUCUGAGAGGGAGCACUUUAGGGAUUCUGUUUUAUUCUACUCUAAUUUAUCUUCAUAUUUGUUGGAUAAACAGUAUUGUCAUUUUAAAGAUGUGUUUCAAAGCAGAAAAAAGUAAACCUACUCUAACAAAGAAACUAAAUUUCAUUGGGGGGCCUGAGUGGCUCAGUUGGUUUAAGUGUUUGACUUCAGCUCAGGUCAUGAUCUCAUGGUUUGUGGGUUCG